AUGCCACGGUCUCGGUCGGUGAAAAAUAUUUCUAUUUCUUCUGCGAACUCUUUCACAGAUGCGGCGAUGUCGCUGACACCACGGACACCCCAAUAUCGUUCUGGACGGACUGAAGAAGGGUCCCAGGUCGAGCCGCAAGAGGUGCAUGGCGACGAGGAUGAUCCACAGUCGUCGACUGCACCUCUAUUGUCGGCUGAUAGCUCAGAUAUGGAUGAGCCCAAAGGCGGAAGAGUACGGGCGACGGCGGCCGUCUCAAAGCUACCAAUUGUGUUCCUCUCGGUCACCGCAGGAUUCCUUUUCUUCCUCAUGGUCGUCGCGUAUUGGCAUCCAGGAACGCUGGAAUGGUAUUUGGGAGUUCCAGUACCGUCCUUUGAGCAGGUACCGGUCUCGACUGAGACAAACGACAACCUCAAUUCUUCACUCAUCAUCUCCUACGAAAACUACACCAGUUUUCCGCUCAGUACUCACGAUUAUCUCGUUGAAUGUUACAAGAUGCAUCCCGGUGGAUUUAUGCCGUCUACAAAGUUUUGGGAGCCGAGUGCGGAGGGAGUGAUGGAUGUCGUGCACGGCAACGACAAGGAUGUAUGCUCGAGCACCAUCACGUAUAUGCUGGAUGGGAAGGUGGGACUGCUGGCGGAUUUAGCGUUGAUAGCACAGGCAGCCGCACUAGCGCGGGAGCGGAAUAGGACAUUUUUCGUUGACGAUACCUACUGGAAUAGAGGAAGAUGGAUUGACCAUUUUGAAGACGUCAGAGAGACGCAGCCUGGCCCAGAGCCUGGCUGUAAACCUCCACCACCACAAGAAUAUGUUGCUUGCCCUAGACAUGCAAGACAUUGGAUUAUCACUUCGCGAACUGCGAAGUUUCAUUUCGGACACAUGUAUUAUGAACAUUAUGAAGAUGGAUAUGCACAUAGCACCAACCGUCUUAAACCUAUCUAUGACUUCGCUGCUGGAUCUCUGCGUAAUACAAUAAUACCCAAUACUGAAAAUGCUCGACUCAUCAACUCUGCGCGAGAAGAGGUCGCUGCUUUAUCAUCCACGUAUCUCUCUGCGCACCUCCGGCGUGGAGAUCGCAAACCUUCUUCGUAUUCGUAUCAUGGGAGCUAUGUCCCAACCAAAGACUUCGUCGACGCGCUGGACGAUGCCGCUAGCAGACUGCAGCGUAGUGACCACCCUUUCCUUGUAUACCUUGCAUCGGAUUCACCGGCGAUGAUGGAGGAGAUGUCUAGCUUAUUAUCUCCCGUUUAUUCGCUUUCACGGAGUGCAAAUGCAGAGCUGAAAAGCCUGGUCAGCCCGGGAGAGUAUUUCCAACGGGACUUUGACAAGUACGAUUUGGAGACAAGAGUAAGUGCUACGCGAGGCAUGAUUGUGGACUUUGCAUUCCUCAGUGGGGCCUGGAGUCGGGAGGGUCCUGAUGCUGUUGUUUGUACAGUAAGUUCUGCGGUAUGCAAAUUAUCUGCCGUGGCACUUGGCUGGGAGAAAGCUUUCGGACACGUCGAUAACUAUGGUCUUAUCGAUAGGCAAUUGAUGGGUUGGGUCGAUGUUGACCAAAAGGGCCGGAUUAUACCAGAAUGGGCGGCAUUCGAUUUAUUCAAUUAG